CAAGAAGAGCCUCAUCAGUCGUCACCCUUGAAAGAUUCUCGUGAUCCUUAGUACUAGCACUACAAUCUCUCGUUGUGACAAAUUAAACAAUAGAGGCAUCAAUGGCACGGGGAAGCGUCAGUGGCAGCAGCGUCAUGCUUGUGCUGCUUCUCGGCGUCGUCAGCACGGCGCCGGCGGUCGUCCUCGGCGGCGGCCAGGAGUGGGUCGUCGGCGACAACAAUGGCUGGAGCUUCGGCGUCGCCGGCUGGGAGAAUGGCAAGGUCAUCCACGCCGGCGAUGUACUGGUGUUCAAGUACGACCAGACGGCGCACGACGUGGUGGAGGUGGACGAGGCCGCGUACAACGCGUGCACGGUGCCCGUCGGCGGCGACGCGGCGCGCAACUCCGGCAACGACCGCGUCGUGGUCCGCGCCGGCAAGAGCUUCUUCGUCUGCAGCCUGCCGGGGCACUGCGCCAACGGCAUGAAGAUCGCCAUCACCGCCGCCUGAUUGAUUAACGGGACUGGACAAUGCAACUCAGAUCAUCGAUAGGAGAAAUAAAAAAAAGCCAUCUUGGCUAUGAUGCGGCAUGCGUAGUGUGUUCUGACGUCAGUGGCGUGUGGCAUCGAUGCAUGACAUAUAAAAAAAAAUUGAUCU